AUGGCUAAAUUUCUCGGUUUUAUUCUGCUCAUAAUCAGUCUCUCAAUUGCUUUUCUUGUCAAUCCUAGCCGUAGCAACUAUACCUAUGUAUGCGAUCAUGCAAAUUUUGCUGAACUUAAGUUGCAAAUGUCAAGCUUUUCUUUCUGUGAUUCAUCGCUUCCUUAUGCGGUGAGGGUGAAGGAUUUGGUGAGCCGUAUGACACUUGCUGAAAAAGUGAAACAGCUGGGACCUAUGGCUACCGGCGUGCCACGGUUGGGGCUGCUCCCAUACAACUUGGGGUCGGAAGGUCUACAUGGCUUGUCUAAUUUCUCUCCCACCACAGUUUUUGACAGUGUUGUUCCAUCAGCAACAAUGUUUCCCACUGUUAUACUCACAACAGCUUCAUUCAAUGAAUCACUGUGGAAAAAGAUUGGCGAGGCAAUCUCAACAGAAGCGAGAGCCAUGUACAAUCUAGGGCGGAUAGGAUUAACAUUUUGGAGUCCAAAUGUUAACAUAGUAAGGGAUCCAAGAUGGGGAAGAAUUAUGGAAACAUCAGGUGAAGAUCCUUUUGUUAUUGGCACAUAUGCUGUAAACUAUGUUAGAGGCCUACAGGAUGUGAAGGGACACAAAAAGUAUACGGAUUUGAACUCAAGACCUUUAAAAGUUUCUUCAUGUUGCAAGCACUAUGUUGCCUAUGACCUUGAAAAUUGGAAGGGAGGUGAUCGUUUAAAUUUUGAUUCAAGGGUGAGAGAGCAAGAUAUGGUGGAGACAUUUCAACGGCCAUUCGAAAUGUGUGUUAAAGAAGGUGAUGCUAGCAGUAUUAUGUGCUCUUAUAAUAGUGUCAAUGGCACACCUUCUUGUGCAGACCCUAAACUUCUGAAUCAAACCGUUAGAGGAAAAUGGGAUCUUCAUGGAUAUAUAGUUUCGGAUUGUUUUGCACUAAAAGCUAUGGUUGACAACCACAAAUUUCUUAAUGACACUAAAGAGGAUGCUAUUGCACAAGCACGAGAAGCAGGUGUAGAUGUGGAAUGUGGUACGUACUACACCAGCUUCACAAUAAAUGCAGUGCAACAAGGGAAGGUCAAAGAGGAAGAUAUAGACAAAUCAUUGAAUUACAUGUAUACAGUGCUAAUGAGGCUAGGCUUUUUCGAUGGAAGUCCUCAAUAUAAAUUUCUUGGGAGGGCUGAUAUGUGCUCUCCCGAAAACAUUGAGUUAGCCAAAGAAGCGGCCAAAGAGGGAAUUGUUCUUUUGAAGAAUGAUAACCACACUUUGCCUUUGAACUCUGUUAAGUUCAAGACCCUAGCUUUGGUUGGGCCACAUGCCAAUGCUACAGAUGCCAUGCUUGGAAAUUAUGCAGGUUAUCCGUGUCAAUACACCUCUCCUAUUGCUGGCUUCUCCGCUUAUGCAAACGUGACUUACCGAAAGGGAUGUCGUCAUAUUUCUUGCAAGAAUGGUAGCUUAAUAUUCCCAGCCGUAGAGGCUUCGAAGACUGCGGAUGCUACCAUAAUUCUAGCUGGCUUGGGCUUAUCUAUCGAGGACGAGAAAUUGGAUAGAGAAAAUCUCCUACUUCCAGGUUACCAAACUGAGCUUAUCAAUCAAGUAGCUCAAGUUUCCAAAGGUCCAGUUAUUCUUGUAAUCAUGUCCGCAGGAGGUGUGGAUAUCUCAUUUGCUAAGAAUAAUACAAAUAUUAAAGCCAUCUUAUGGGCUGGCUAUCCUGGACAGGAUGGUGGUCAAGCCAUUGCAGAUGUUGUCUUUGGCAAAUACAAUCCUGGCGGAAGAUUGCCUAUUACAUGGUAUGAAGCUGAUUAUGUCAACAAGCUACCAGUGACUUCCAUGCCAUUGAGACCUAUUCCCAACUUAGGCUAUCCGGGUCGAACAUAUAAAUUUUUCGACGGCUCAACAGUGUAUCCAUUUGGAUAUGGUCUCAGCUACACACAGUUCAAAUAUAAUAUAACAUCUUCAAACAGCUCACUCUCCAUAAAAUUGGAUAAAUUUCAACCCUGUCUUAACAUAAACUACAUUAAUGGCACCCAAAAACCUCAAUGCCCUGCAACUCUCGUAGACGAUUUGAAGUGUGAAGAAUUUAUUCAGUUUCAAAUGGAAGUUCAAAAUGUCGGUAAUGUCGAUGGCAGUGAGGUAAUCUUGGUAUACUCCAAGCCACCAAAUGGCAUUGCUGGAACUCAUAUCAAGCAAGUGAUUGGUUUUCAAAGGGUUUUUGUUGAAGCAGGACAGACUAAGAUGGUUUACUUUGCGUUUAAUGCUUGUAAGAGCUUAAGAAUUGUGGACAACGCUGCAAAUAUUCUCCUACCAUCUGGUCAACACACCAUUAUUGUUGGUCACAGUGGACUUUCAUUUCCCUUUAAUGUCAACUUCAGUCAUUAG